GCCAGCUUGUUUAUUUUUAUCUUCAGCACCGAAGGCAGUAAACAUCAGAUCACUUAUAUAUAAAUCUAAUUAAUCAAAUCAACCUUGAUCUCUUAAUAUAUAUUCACUAUCAACUACUUGCUUUAUCAUCCAGAUGACAGUUCAUUUAUCAGCCAACGAUGUAGUGACACCUCACCUAUAAAAUGACUUAGACAUGGCAAUAAAAUCAUACUCAAAGUAUGUCUACUAUUUCAAAUCACUAGGGACCUGCAUCUUCAUCUUCGGAGGCUGCUGGCUGGUCUACCAAGCGCGGGAAACGUCACAACUCCUGAGAUCGACUCUCGCCACCAAUGUACUGAACCUGGAGCAAAACCAAGCCCACUAUAUUUACCUGGACUCUCAUCAAAAAGAUGUUUACAUCUACAACAAUGAAGACCCAGCAGAAGGAAAGCCCUCACUCCUGAAUGUCGUGACCAAGUGGUGGACGUCCCUGAACCAGUCAAUCGCAUACCGACACUUCAAUGUGGCCAAGCAUGGAACCAAGAACCAGAGAACAAGGGCGGUUUAUUGUCUAGGAGCUCUGAAGCAUCUCCAGUCCUGGCACUAUCAGCAUAUCGCUCAGAUGAUGGACUCCAGAACAGCCGUAGCACUGGCGAGAAUACCAGACUCUGAUCUACGAUUUUUUCUAAAACCUCCUUAUCAUUUUGUUGAUAAAAAAUUGUAUGAAAUAAUUGAUCAGCUCUACCAGCUGCUCGUUGACAUGGACAAGCUCUGCCAGUCGAGUCACUCGUGUCUCAUUCAUUUUUUACACAAAAAAUUUUACAGCUCCCGAAAAAACCUGGAGUUUGAUCACGAACUGUCAAGUACCGAUUUCACAGCAACUCCGACGAUAAGUUGGGACGAGCAGUUGCUGAUGCAGUGCAUCGAAGCUAUUUAUCAUCACACCUCAAUCGAGCAGUUCAGCAGAAAUCUAGCAGACGCACAUGGACUCUCAGCUCUGAUGGAAGUCAAAAAAAAAUUCGCUGACAAUAUCGACGUGUGUGUUCUGCUGGCUAAAAUAAUAUCAAAUUUGUCAAUGCACUCCGAGCUGCUGGAUGUCAUCUUCCAGUCAGGAUGGAUCGGAGUCCUGGCUGCCUGGUCCCGGCACAAGGACAUCAGACUCGCUGGACCCGCUGCUCGGGCUCUGUUCAACCUGGACGAGGAUGCCAACAACGGAGAGAAAUUUCCCAGAAGAAUUUACCUGCUGCACCCGAUGAACAGGACUAGGACCAAACCCAAGGCUGAUGUUGUCUUCAUUCACGGGCUACUCGGAGGAAUUUUUAUUUCCUGGAGACAGCGGGACCCUGACCCAUCACUUAAAUUCGUAGAACCUCGCAGCAAAGAGUCUGAAGAUCUUCUGAUCAAAAUAGUAAAGGAAUACCCUCAGGAAUUUCUAGAAGAUCUAGCGCACGAUCUCCAGAUAAGAGAGUGGAAAAAAAUCGGCCACGAUUACGAAAUAGUUUUGCAUGACUGUCCGGUUUCCAUGAACUCUUUAGCCUCCGGGCCGUUUACUUGUCCUGGCAACGAAAUCUGCACCGAGUACCAAGAAAAUUAUUUAACCCGGACAGAGUGUUGGCCAAAAGACUGGUUACCCAACGACGUACCGUCAGUCCGCGUGAUUGGAAUCAAUUAUGACACCAGUCUGUCGUGGUGGAGUCCUCCGUGUCCUAUAGAAAUUUUAAGGAGCACAAUAAGCGAGAGAAGUCUCGAGUUUACCAAAAAAUUAGUCACUGCAGGCGUAGGAAAACGUCCAAUUAUUUGGGUCUGCCACUCAAUGGGAGGUCUGCUGGUGAAGCAGAUGCUCGUCGAGGAGUCUAAGACCGGGGACAAACAUCGUCUAUGUGAUAAUACCAAAGGAAUUAUUUUUUACAGUACUCCGCAUCGCGGAUCUCAUGUCGCGACGCUCAAACAAACUACUCAGAUGCUGCUGUGGCCUUCUGUCGAAGUCCAGGAGCUCCGAGAAGAGUCGCCCCAGCUGCUGAAGCUCCACGAAGAGUUCAAAAAAAUGCUGGAGCAGUACAAAAUGGAGAUCGUGAGCUUCAGUGAAACAAAAUCGACGCUCGUUAGCGCGCUCAAAGUACCUCUGCAAAUAAAAUUUGUUUUGCCGGAAUCUGCGAACCCAGGAGUCGGAGAAUUUUAUGAGAUACCCCAGGAUCACUUGUCGAUAUGCAAACCCGCGAGCAAGCACUCGUUCUUGUACCGUAAAAUUGUUGAUGUUCUGAAGAAAAUGAUAGCUGACAAUAAUAAUUAAGUGUAAAAAUA